CGUGCUCCUGUGUGUUGACUGUGGAGCUCUGCAGCAGAGAGGCUAACGGCUAACGGCGUAGCUACCUGUCCUCAGAGGACACGUACAGCACAGAGUGAGACACCGAACAGUCCGAUGAGAGUAUGAGUUAAGCAGCAGGAGCCGGUAACGUUCCCAGGGUGAUCAGGUGUGUGUUGUUACAGCUGCAGGAUGCCCAUCCCUCCCCCUCCUCCCCCACCACCAGGGGGACCCCCACCACCCCCCACCUUCAGCCAGGCCAACACCAGCCCCCCCAAGCUGAGCAGAGAGGAGGCCAAAGGUCGCGGUGCUCUGCUGUCGGACAUCUGUAAAGGCGCCAAGCUGAAGAAGGUGGCGGUGGUGAACGACCGCAGCGCGCCGCUGCUCGACAGUAAGAGCCAAACACCAAAGAGCCAAACACCUCCCACUGAUCACCCAUACAUUCGCUUAUACCAGUACCUACACCAGCAACAGAGCCAGCCUCAGCAGCAGGGGGCGCCGUCUGAGGAGCAGCGGAGGACGGCCGCAGAUAGAGAGAAGCCCAAAGGAGGCGGAGCAGCAACAGGUGGAGCCAAUGGCAGCGCAGCAGGAAGUCCGUCAGGUUCUGUUCCACCAAUAGGAGGGCUGUUCACGGGCGGCGUCCCCAAACUGAGACCCGUCGGAGACGGUUCCUCUGGACGUUCUCCCUCCACGCGGGCCGCAGCGCCUCGCCCCCCCAGCCAUCGCCAUGACGAUACAGAGAGCCCCUCCCCUCAGGCGCUGUCACCGACGGAAACGAGUCGUUCCCAGCGUCCCUCUCUGCCCAACCUGUCCUCCUCUCCCUCCCCUUCCUCCCCCUCCUCUGCAGCCUCCUCCCCCUCCACCAGCAUGAAGCACUCCUCCUCUGCCCCUCCUCCACCCCCUCCUCUCUGUCGCCGCGGCAACGCCCCCUCCCCUCCCACUUCCUCCUCCUCUUACAACAGGGAGAAGCCCCUCCCCCCAACACCUAACAACACCCCACCCCUCCCCUCCAAACCUCCUCCGUCUCCUGGCAACAGCAGACGCCCUCCCACCUCAGGAGGAAACCCCGCCUCUUCUUCCUCCUCCUCCCUGGCCCCGCCCCCUCCACCUUACCGCAUCGCUAACGGCCCGACAGUUGGCGGCGAGCUGGCACCCGAGCUGCCGCAGCGUCACAACUCCCUCAGCAACAAGAGGACGGCCCCCUCACCAGGAGGCCACACCCCAACCCGAGGCCCCGCCCCUCCUCCUCCCCCCGCCUCCCCCACGCAGCAGGGCGUCAACAGGCCGCCGCCCCCCGUCAGAGAGACGCCAGGCAGAGGAGCAGCUCCUCCUGUUCCCGCCCAGCCAUCGUCGUUGAGGGCAGGUGGCAGAGAGGCCCCGCCCCCGCCUCCUUACAGGACUCAUGGUAGCCCCUCUCUCUCCUCUGACCCCCCUGCCAGAGGGAAACCUCCUCCCCCGCCCACCCGCACCCCCGCUGCUCCUCCCCCACCUCCCCCUCCUCUCCGCAACGGACACUCCUCCUCCUCCUCCAUCCCUCGCUCAUUUGUGGAUGAUUUUGAGUCCAAGUACUCGUUCCAUCCUCUGGACGACUUCCCUCCUCCAGAGGAGUACCGACACUUCGCCAAGAUCUACCCCAGCAAGGCCAACAGAGUGAUGAGAGGAGCUCCUCCACUUCCUCCUGUCGGAAGGUGAACCAUGAAGAGUACAUCACAGCUGGACCACACACACACACACACACACACUAACACACUGCUCCAUCCUGUUUGAUGACGUCACAUCUGCAGCGUCCAGCUUCAUCAUCCUCGACGCCUCCAUCACCGCCUCAUCUACGCUCACAGCUGAUUGGCUGAGGAGAGAUCUGAUCAUGUGACUGAGCAGGAAGUGUCUUCAGAGUGAACGUGAUGAAGAGGAGCUGCUCGCUCUGCGAACUGACCUCAACUCAUUUUAUCUGCAGCUUCUUCUCCUUCUUCUUCUCCUUCUUCUCCUCCUUCUUCUUCUCCUUCUUCUUCUCUUUCUUCUCUGACAGCACGACCCUUUACUUUUUUUUUAGCACUUGCACUUUUUGUUGGUGAGAGCAGCGAGCAGCUCCUCCUGUGGAGGACUGACGACUGAGCGACACAUGAAGAAGAGUUUGUGACUCAGGCUGUGGAUGGAGGGAUGACAAACUGAAACUGAACGAGUGAUUCAUUCUUCAUCGUCUCUCCUCAUCCUCUCUCAGAUGUUCACAUGGACGAAGGCCCCAGUCAGUGAGCCAGGCUAGCUGUUUCCAUCUGUUUCCAGUCUUUAUGCUAAGCUAAGCUAACGCUGACUGUGGAGCCUGCGUCACAGCAGCAGACGUUUAGAUCUCUGAACAGGAAGAGGAAACAUGUGGAACUGUCCCUUUAGUGUUUAGUGUCCCGAUAAACCAUGGAGACGAGCUCACACCGAAGGUCCCGAUAAACCAUGAAGACGAGCUCACACCGAAGGUCCCGAAAAACCAUGAAGACGAGCUCACACCGAAGGUCCCGAUAAACCAUGAAGACGAGCUCACACCGAAGGUCCCGAUAAACCAUGAAGACGAGCUCACACCGAAGG